AUGUUCCUGCCGGAAAUCGCAAGUUUCGUUGCUGCUAUCUUGUUCGCCGUGCAUCCGAUACACACGGAAGCCGUAACCGGUGUCGUCGGCAGAGCGGAAAUGCUCUCAUCCGUCUUCUUCCUCGGAGCAUUGCUAUGUUACGCACGAGCUGCCAGUAAAAGGCGAUACACAGACUGGCGUUACUUAGCGGCGUGUAUAGCUUGCGUGGGUGUUGCCAUGCUAUGUAAGGAGCAAGGCAUUACCAUCACUGCAGUGUGCGUCGUAUAUGAACUGUUUGUAGCGCAGAAGCGUCGCAACACAGUCGCGAGCGGUCGAUCAUGGCUAGAAGCAUGGGUCAAAGGCUCUGGAUGGGGAUACGCUUGCGGCGAAGCGGCGCGCAGGGUUGCCACCGUGUGCUGCGCUACACUUGCCUUAUUGGCGGCGAGAUUACACGUUAUGGGUGCACAGUUACCAGUCUUUACAAGAUUCGACAAUCCUGCUGGUGCCGCUCCACCACCUGCCAGGCAUUUAACGUUCGCCUACCUGCCGGCCUUGAACGCCUGGCUUUUAACCCUCCCUGAGGCCCUCUGCUGUGACUGGACCAUGGGCACUGUGGCCUUACUCCGUUCUUGGCGGGACCCUCGAAACUUGGCCACCUUGGCGCUGGCCACUACUUUAAUAGCUGGCGCCAUACAUGCGUUGAGAACGCGUUCUUCAGCAUUGUCGAUGGGUCUUGCAUUACUGGUGCUACCAUUUUUGCCAGCCUCAAACCUAUUCUUCCCGGUGGGCUUUGUAGUGGCCGAAAGAGUCCUAUAUAUUCCGUCGAUGGGCUGGUGUCUGUUGAUCGCACACGGAUGGCGAUUAUUGGCGAAAAAAAGGCCCACAUUAGCAGUCGCAUCUCUUAUGUUCCUACUAUUAGUGUUCAGCGCCAAGACUUAUGUAAGGAAUUGGGAUUGGAAAACUGAGUACUCCAUUUUUGCGUCUGGACUUAAGGUCAACCGAAACAAUGCAAAACUUUACAACAACGUAGGUCACGCUCUAGAAUCAGAAGGCCGUUACGCAGAAGCUCUAGAAUUCUUCAACACGGCCGUCAGCGUUCAACCUGAUGACGUCGGUGCCCAUAUUAACGUCGGGAGAACUUAUAAUCACUUAGGACGGUACCAAGAAGCCGAGGAAGCCUACGUCAAAGCUAAAUCACUCCUACCGAAAGCAAAGCCAGGGGAAUCGUACCAAGCAAGAAUCGCUCCAAACCAUUUGAACGUCUUCUUGAAUUUAGCCAAUUUGAUAUCGAAAAACGCGACCAGGCUCGAAGAGGCCGACAUGCUGUAUAGACAGGCGAUCAGUAUGAGGGCGGAUUACACGCAGGCUUAUAUAAAUAGGGGGGACAUUUUGAUAAAACUAAAUCGAACAAAGGAAGCGCAAGAAGUCUAUGAGCGAGCUUUGCUCUAUGAUAGUGGGAACCCAGAUAUAUACUACAACUUGGGCGUCGUCUUACUAGAGCAAGGCAAAGCAUCUCAAGCCCUCGCGUAUUUGGACAAGGCCCUUGAGCUCGAACCGGAGCAUGAACAAGCGCUACUCAACUCCGCCAUUUUGCUUCAAGAAUUAGGCGCCGCCGAUCUGAGGCAGCUUGCGAGGCAACGCCUUCUAAAGCUGCUAGAUAAAGACGCAACAAACGAACGCGUCCAUUUCAACCUUGGCAUGGUGUGCAUGGACGAUGGCGAUGCAGAAUGUGCAGAGCGGUGGUUUAGAGGCGCCGUACACCUCAAACCGGACUUUCGCUCGGCGCUAUUUAAUUUAGCGCUGCUGUUAGCAGAUCGCAGGCGGCCGCUGGAAGCUGCGCCGUUUUUAAAACAACUCGUCCGCCAUCAUCCGGACCAUGUUAAAGCAUUAGUCCUUCUCGGAGACAUCUAUAUUAACUCCGUGAAAGAUUUGGAUGCUGCCGAAAGCUGCUACAGACGUAUCCUAGAAUUGGAACCGGACAAUGUACAAGCCCUCCACAACCUUUGCGUUGUCGCAGUGGAGAGGGGAAAGUUGGCUGUUGCUGAAGAAUGCCUAGCUAGAGCCGCCGCUCUCGCUCCACACGAACAUUAUAUUCAGCGCCAUCUUGCGGUGGUGCGAGCGAGACGGGCUGCUGUCGCGUCGUCUCCCUCGGCGCCGACUCAAGCAACGGCCACUGAGGAGGCAGAAGUGCGAGCAAGAUGGAACUACAUCCCCCAACAACCACCCGACCCGCACGAAACUGAUGCAUCAUAG